AUGGCCUCAAUUGCCCGGUCUCUCCGCGUCGCUGCCCCUCUGGCUAGGGGUAUCGCUCCUCGCGCUUCUAUUCGCACACCAAUCCGAGCAUUCUCAUCCACCAAAUUGAACCUCGCUCGCAAAUACACAAAGGACCACGAAUGGAUCGAUCUCUCGGCCGAUAAGAAGCACGGUUUCGUUGGAAUUUCAGAAUACGCUGCCGAGCAGCUUGGUGACGUGGUCUACGUUGAGCUCCCCGAACCUGGUUCAUGGGUUGAGCAAGGCGAUGCUGUAGGCGCCGUCGAGUCAGUCAAGUCUGCCAGCGACAUCAACGCCCCGAUCCGCCUACGCGUUCUCCAAAUCAACGAUAACCUCGAGGAGAAGCCUUCUACCAUCAACAAAGUUCCCGAGGACGAUAGCGCUGGUGGUGGCUGGAUCGCAAAGGUCGAAGUUGAUGAGGAGGGUGCCAAGCAAUUCGAGAAACUACUAGAUGCCGAGGCCUACAAAGCUUUUGCUGGAGCCGAAUAA